AUGCCUUCUGCAUCAGACUUUGAAUUUGCAGGAAUCAAGUUUGUACCCAAUCAACCCCUAGUCGGAGAAGAACUUAAGAUCAGGUUUAGUGAAUAUAAAGGUCUUUCCAAGUUUAUUUGUCGACCUCAUUUUGUAAUCCCAACUUUGUUCCUUUACGAGUUCACCGAGCUAUUCUUGAGAAACCUCAUUGCCUACGAGCAGUGUCGCCCAGGUGUUCGUCGUUACUUUACAUCAUAUGUCAAUUUUAUAGAUACCCUCAUAAGCAGUGACAGAGAUGUUCAUAUGCUUCAUAAGAUUGGAAUCAUACGUAACCAUCUAGGCGCCCGUGAAGAUGCGACCAAGCUCUUCAACAAUCUCUGCAACAAUCUCUGCAACAAUCUUUGCAAGGAAGCUGUUAAGGAGUCUUAUUUCACUGAAACAAUCAGUGUUGCUGAUCGCCACAGCAAGGUUUUUUGGUUUGAUUUUAUGGCACGUCUAAGGCGUAAAUACUUUGCGAGUCCAUGGACGUUCAUGGCUUUCGUUGCUGGCUUUGUCACUUUUGUCGUCACUGCAUUUAAAUUCAUCACACAUACUUUCCAUAUCCAUAUCCAUAGCCAUAUCGCCCGUAUAUGA